CUUUGUUUGUUAUUAUUACCUUUUAAGCCCCUUUUUUUUUGUCAUAAUAAUACAUACUUUAUUAUAUUUAGAUAGAUACCUAUUACAAUUCACAAAAAUUUAUCUCUUCUAUAUAUGUUACUUACAUAUUAUAAAUAUUUCCAAAAAGUACAUUCAUCAUAAUUUUCAAAUCAUAGAGAAAUGGAAGAGUACAUUAAAAAGUUAAUCGUUGUUGGAGUUUUUUCAUGGGCGACAACUUUUCUUGUAGUAAGAAAAAUCUUUCCAAAACGUUCAUUUGAUUUCUGCAACAGAAUUGUUUCUACAAUUCAUGCAAUAUUAGCGGUAACGUUAGCAACUUUAUCGGUUCAAGAUUGGAAAUGUCCAAUUUGUCCUGUGGCAGCAACUUCUUCCCACAGACAGAUGCAAGUUCUUGCGGUGAGUCUUUCGUAUCUGAUUUAUGAUCUAGUUUGUUGUUUAUUCGACGAAAAAAUCAAUUUGGAUAACAGUAUCCAUCAUUUGGUAAGCAUUGUUGGACUCAUAGCAGGUCUCUGUUAUCAAAAGUGUGGGUCAGAGAUGGUAGGGGCAGUUUGGGUAACAGAAAUGUCAAGCCCAUUUUUACAUUUGAGAGAACUUCUAAAGGAGCUUGGUUACAAGGACACUGCCCUUAACUUGACUGCUGAUAUUCUAUUUGCUUCAAUAUUCACAUUUGCUAGGAUGAUGAUUGGACCAUGUAUCAGUUACAUAACAUUAACUUCCAAUAAUCCAUUUCUCAUAAAGGCAAUGGGAUUGGGGUUGCAGCUUGUAAGUACAUUCUGGUUUUUCAAAAUUGUAAGAAUGAUGAAAUACAAAUUAAGCAAAAAAUCAGCAACAUCCAAAAAUGGCAUCAAGAAAAACAACAGCAUCAGAAAGAAGACAGGUAGCUAGGUAGUGUGAUGAAUCAAUGUUUGAGAUUUUAUGAUUCUUUUAAUGGACAGACAUAAAGAAAGAGAUAGUUCAAGUUCAAAGUGGUCCCUCAAUCAUUACUUCAAUUUCAUGAAUUCAGAGACAUAAAUUUUGUACAAAAUGGUUUAUCACAAGAUUGGAUAGAUCUUGUUCUAAUAAUGUUAAAUCUUGUUUAUUUAUUUA